AUGGAGGAGGCAUUUGGUUUGGAAUUUGAGCCACUCAAUGAUGACUUUAAUGAAAAUAUUUUAGAUAAAGAUUAUAUUGAAUCAGAAAUAAAAUGUUUAAAAUCCAUUGAAGGGUUUACAAGUAUUGGCAAUUUAAUUUUAGAAAAAAAUAAAAAUACCUCAUUAGAAAAGAAGGAAGAGGAAAAAUUUUAUAUAGUUAAUGGUGGAGAAAUGGGCAAACUUAAAAGAGAUAUAGACGAAACAAAAAAAAAGAUAAAAUUAUUAAAAAUCGAGUUGGGAUAUUUAAAUAAUCAACCACCAUCAGACAAGAAGAUUUCGAAAAUAGAUCCAAGAAGUUUAUUUGGAAACGAGGGAGGUUCUUAUAGAAACAAUAAUAAUAGAGACACAAAACAAAGAACUCGAAUAUAA